GACGCUUCCAGCUGCAGUGGGAUGAAGAGCGCCUUGCGGUCGCGGUAGGGACUUCAGACCUCACCAGCGCUUCAACGCACAGACCUCCGCGGUCUGAGACGCGAACAGGGAGAGAAAACUAAAACCAGUCCGUCCUCCUGGUCGACCCGUACAGCCUCCCGGGGGGCUCAUGGAGAGCGGAGCCCUGCUUGUCCGAACCGGGGGCAGCUUGAUCGGAUGCCUUUCGCCACAGCAGCGCCGUUAGAUGAUUUCCAUUCGGGAUUAAUUGGUUGAUCAAUGGCUUCCAAACAUGCGCUCCUUCGCAGAGGCGCCCGCGGGGACGAAACGGCGGUGAAACCGACGGGAUGGAUUCGGGACGCGGGGAUGGUGACCGUCUGUACGCCGAAGAGCUGGAGGUGGUCCGGGACUCCGAGCGGGAUCAUCAUCGUGGCGCUCCUGGUUCUGGUGAUGCAGAGGUCUUUGGCCGCAGAAGCUGAGGAAGGUCAUUAUGUGUYGAUGAAGAACAGUGACAUACCUCUGGACCCCACAGUGCCCCCGAUCYUGACUCCAGGAUUUAGAGACAGGGCUGGGGUUAAAGAUGUUGCUCCUGGAGCUGGUCCUGAUGCUGAACUCAGACGUUGGCCUGAGGGAAAAGUGUUUGCCGAGGCYAAAACCGCAAUCUGGACAGAAACGCAGGAAGGAGUGCGCGCGGGAGCACAUGGAAAAGUCUUCGCCGAGGCCGGGAUUAUGACGGAAACUCGAGCGUGGGCUGAAGCGGGAUGGAGGCCGGUCGACGACGCAGAGGAGGAAGCRCUUCCAAGCGUGCCYGAAGAUCCGGCUCCCAUGCUUGUGCAGGAGAAGCUGAGGACAAGCGGAGAGGUCCAAAGUGAGCAGGCGGCCCUUUCAUCGGUUCUUAGCAUGCUGACUGAGACGGCAGAGCUGCAGACUCCAGCAGUCAGAAAACCUUUAGGGCUGCUGUCUAAAGCGGCUUGGUCUAAAAGCUCUUCUUCAUCCAAGACCUUAUCUUCCUCCACAACAAAAGCAUCCUCUCCUCCCUCCUCUCCAUCCAGUAAAAAACCGAGUCAGACUCCACCAUCGACCAGUUUAUCUGUGGUUACUGGAAACAACAACUCUUCAACCAACUAUAGUUUGGAUGAAUUAGUGAGCGGCCUACCAGCGUGGGAUCUUCCCACUGUACCUGAAUCUCUCCUGUCCACAGUGGGUGACCAUGACAUCACACUUCCUCCCAAUGUAACAAGCCCUUUCUCCACCCACCAGUGGAAUACCACCAUGCCUGUGCGUCCCAGGAUCCCCAUACAGAACACAACCACAGCAGCYACGACCAUAAAGACAACCCCGUCGACAACCACCACUUCAACUGUGUCGUUUUCUACUACGAAGAGAACAGAAACACCACCAGAAUCCACAAUAGCCCAAAAUAACGCCAGCCAGGACACUGUGACCGAYGGCAGCCUUCAGCUGACAACAGUAACCACAACAACACCCUCAACGACCAGCAUUACUGUUAAUAGCACAGAGAUGKCAACACAGGAGGCAGCGACUCCUGGGMGCACAGAGGCUUCUCUAUCRAACAUCACAGCUGCUGCACCCACAGAGGAAAYGAGGCUCUUCGUCGCHACAACCGCGACACCUCCAACAACGACCUCUACGACCGUGCAAGCCCCCACUACCACCACCACAGUCACGGUUCCCCCAACUACUACAACCACCACCACAACCACCACCACCACUCCAGCUCCCACUACAACCACCACUGCCUCAACUACUACUGCUGCUCCCACUACUACCACCACCACCACCACUUCAACAACAACUACUACUACUACCACCACCACAACAGAAGCACCCACCACUACGCUCAUCCCCGUUCAAACUACACCACUUCUGACAACAACCACACAAAGUCCCUCCACCACCAGCGCUGAGGAAAUACCUCUGCCAUGCAAUGUGACGGAGAAGUUCUGGGUCAAAACGGUGUUGUCUAUGGAGCUGCGCAGGAAUCGCCUGGACCUGAUUCUAAAGCAGAACCUUUCUAAAGGACUGAGCCAUGCUCUGCAGAGAGCCCUGAACGACUCCAAAGCCUCUGCGCAGGUGGAGCGAGACGACUGCAGCCCCCACAACCUGACUCUGGGCUACUACGUGACCAGCGGGAAAACUGUCUAUGUUUCCUCCAUGGUUGUCGAAGCUCUGAACGUUUACGGCUUUGACAAACUGCUGUCUGACAUUAGGCAGCACACCCCGCUGGUCAAGGCGGUUCUGGUUCCCGUGGCGACCUGGAUCAGCGCUCCCCACAUUCACCUGCAGCUCAAAACAGUGUUAAGAUUUGUUGGACCUGCAGACAACAUCUACUCGUGCAGCUUCGUCCAGAUGCUGGAGCAGCGGCUUGAGAAUGCCUUUGAGGAGGCUCAGGAUAAAGUGUUGGAGACCUACAACAGACUCACAGUGGAGAUCCAGAGUGUGUCUCAGGAGUCUGGCUCGCCCUCGGUUACGCUGGUGUAUGUGGUGAAAAACCAGGAUGCAGUUCUUAAUGGGACAAUAUCCAGUGGGCUCCUCAACCAGCUGACUGCAGAGCUGGUGGGAUACUUCCUGUUCUAUCCUCCRCUGGUGAUAGCUGAGCCUCUUGAGUACCACAAUCUCAACACAUCCACAGCAACCAGGAGCUACUGGGUGAUCACAGUGAUCCAGGAUGUGGACAGCUCCUCCCUGGAGGCCAACUACCAGAGCUUCGCCAGUCUCAUGGAGCAGCGGCUGGCUGAGCUUUUCCUCGUUGCUGGCAGGCAGGGCUCUCGGUCAAUGAGGUCCCGGCGGGCCACGUCUGUGGGCGGCUACACCGUGCAGAUGGUGAGCAUGCGACGGCUUCCAGGUCCAAAGAACCCAGCAGAGAUGACCUACUAUGCACAGCUGAAUGGAUCCCCCAUCACAGGAUCUGCAGCUGCAAAGACCCUCAGCAGCCUGGAUUCCCAGACCAUGGCUCUGACACUGGGAUACUUUGUGCAAGUGCAGGCYGAACCUGUGGUGAAGACACCACCCAGCAACCUGUGGAUCAUGGCCGUUCUCACGCCUCUCUUCUUACUGAUGGUGGUGAUUGGAAUGGUGGCCUUCAUCCUGUGUAAAAGAAACAGAGUCAUUUUUAAAUCUGGUGCAUUUAGGACCUUCAAAACGCGCUCCAAGACGUCAUAUCGAAGGGAAGGCAGUUACCACCACCAGCCUGUACAGGGCUUUGACUACGCCAAGAAGCACCUGGGUCGAACUGGUGAUGAGGCCGUCUCUGUUACCAAAGAGACGCUGGUGUUGGGCCUKGCUGUUCGAGAYGCUCCGCUGUCGAUGUCACUGGAUAAGAAGGUUCAUCAGGAUGGGACUGCAAAUAAAAGACCUCCAUCAGCUGAUGUACACAAAGGAGGACGGUUGCCAAGUGAGGAGGAUGGUUCAGUGUCGAGUAACAGCUCAGGAAAGCUGAACACCAGCAAAAGCUCCUCGGCCCGGAGGACCGCAACAGGCAGCAGUGUCAAGAACGGCAAGGAGGAGCUGCACAAGAGGAGCAACAAUGACCCAUAUGAGGACCAUUCAGGCUCUCUGCGUCUCAUCACCAUUAAACCCAUGACGGCCCAGCCCACMUACUCCUACCCCUCCUCCUCCUCGCACAGCCAGGACUCCGUGGUCGUCAACGGGGAGGCAAACCACGUUGGGCUGAAGCAGAAGUCAGACAUCGAGCACUACAGAAACAAACUGCGUCAAAAGGCUCGAAGGAAGGGGUACGGAGAGUUCUCGCUCUCUGAGAGUCUCAACCAUGGUUACAGUCACCGUGACAGCAGGCACAUCCGACAUGAUGGAGGCAUCAAACCGCCCAUGACCGCUGAGGAGAAGAGGGCCUCUUUUGCAGGAUGUCAUAAGAGGUACUCCCACCCACGAGAGCCCACCUACUGGAGCCGUCAGUCUCUGAGCAGCCCCAGCCCAKUGGAGGCAGAGAUGGACCUGCUAGUGCUGAGGGAGAGAUCCAGGAGGGGGAUCCGAAAUAACGGCUACGACGGGGAACCAGAACCGUUUGAGGAGACGAACGUGGACCGUCUGAUGAGCUCUCUGGGUUACGGAGGAGGAUCCACUGGAACCGGGAACAGCAGUUUGGGGGUGAAAGCUCACCGCGGAUCCGACUCCUCCACACUCAGCUCACAGCCGUCCAUUGACGAGGUCCGCACGCAGAUGCACAUGUUGCUUGGCAACGCUUUCAGCCUGGCGCCUCCGGAUCAUGACCCUCCCUCCCCUCCAACGAACCACCGCCACCACCACCAUCAUGCCCACAGUGUCUACAACCCCUCCCACAGCAGCCACUACAGUGAUGGUGUGACCAGCGCUCCGGGGACGAUGAACCACCCCUGUGGAGGCAGGCAGAGAAGCGCAGGUUACGAGGACAUGCAUCAAUGUAGCCUGCCUAAACCGGGUUUCCGGUUCACUCAGCUUCCCGAUAUGGGCAUCGGUUCUCCUCCGCCUCUAAUCCCCUCCAGACCGGGACCGCCACCUGGAACCUCAAUACGAUGUAACAGCUCCACCCCUGAUGUGAGUCUGAAGCCCCGCGUGUCUGAAGCAUCAGAUCUGCAGACCCAGCAGCACAACGGCGCCCCCUACCUGCCRCUCUCUAGGACACCGUUCCCUGCUGUCACUGUAGAUCAGUCYAUCAGCACCUACUCAGGAAACCCAAUCACAGCAGUCUAUGCUAUAUCAGCUAACCGUCCGGGUUACUCAGACUACUUCGUCAUGUCUCCACCGUCCUCAUAUCGGAGUCCCUCCUGGAUGUCCUAUCCACCCGAACCUGAAGAUUUACCACGGCAGUGGAACGACACACCUAACUCUCGCCACCUGGAGACCAUCUGCUGAAGAUGGCCACCGGUGACGC